UCGGUGCCGCAGAAAAAAAAGCGUCGCGCAUUUUGGACGAUUCGAGGGAAUAAAGUCGAAGCGGAAAACGGGCGCGCUUAUGGAGCGUUGAUUUAUGUGCCCCGUUAAGGAAUUUUUUUUUUUUUUAAUAAAAAGGAGGCUGCGUGUGAUAUUUUUGAAGGAUUUGGACUGCAGGGCGAGGAAAGAGCGGCUUGUUACAUAAGCGAGGGGCUUGAGCUGGCCAGGGUGCUGAAAAGCGCACAUCCACGAAGAAGGUCACAGGCCCGUUUGGUGUGCUGCUCGUGGUGAUUAAUGACAGAUCGUUGAAAGAUUUAUCAUUAUUAUUUUUUAAACAAAAGCGUUCCAUAAAAGGGGGGUCCAAAUGUCGGGACAGACGCUCACGGACCGAAUCGCCGCGGCCCAGUACCAGCUGACGGGCUCGGACAUGGCGAGGGCGGUGUGCAAGGCCACCACGCACGAAGUGAUGGCGCCCAAGAAGAAGCACCUGGAAUACCUGGUUUCGGCCACCAACACCACCAACGUGAACAUCCCCCAGAUGGCCGACACACUUUUCGAGCGGGCCACCAACGCCAGCUGGGUGGUGGUCUUCAAGGCCCUCGUCACCACCCACCACAUGUGCGUGCACGGGAACGAGAGGUUCAUCCAGUACUUGGCCUCCAGGACUUCGCUGUUCAACCUCAGCAACUUCAUUGACAAAACUGGAUCUCAUGGCUACGACAUGUCUACAUUCAUCAGACGGUACGGCCGCUACCUGAACGAGAAAGCCUUUGCCUACCGUCAGAUGGCUUUCGACUUCACCCGAGUCAAGAAGGGGGCCGAGGGCGUGAUGAGGACCAUGACCACGGAGAAGCUCCUGAAGGGCAUGCCCGUCCUGCAGACUCAGAUCGACACGCUCCUGGAGUUCGACGUUCAUCCCAAGGAGCUGAACAACGGCAUCAUCAACGCCGCGUUCCUGCUGCUCUUCAAGGACCUGGUCAAGCUCUUCGCGUCCUACAAUGACGGCGUCAUCAACAUGUUAGAGAAAUAUUUCAAGAUGAAAAAAAGCGACUGCAAGGAGGCGCUGGAGAUCUACAAGAGAUUCUUGACCCGGGUGACGAAGAUCGGAGAAUUCAUGAAGCUGGCGGAGACCGUCGGCGUUGACAAAAACGACAUUCCCGACAUCAACUACGCCCCCAGCAGUAUCCUGGAGUCUCUGGAAACGCACAUGAAUGGCCUGGAGGACGUUAAGGGGGGCAAGAAGGGCUCUCCGACUAAGGGCUCUCCCACAAACAACAUGUCUCCGACUUCCACUCCGGCCAAGUCUUCAAACGCCGUCCCCGUGCUUCAGCCCCCGCCCGGGGAGAGCGCCGCCGCGGCCGCCGCCACCGUGGCGGCCCCCGAGCCAGCAGAAGAUUCUUUGUUGGACCUGGAUCCUCUUUCCUCCUCUGGGCCUCCAGCUGCAUCGGCCGGUCCCACGUCCUGGGGUGACCUUCUCGGAUCAGAAAUGGGCGAUUCCUUGCUAGCCGAGCCCACGCUGGCAGCGGAGGCCGGGGCCCCCUCCCCCGCCGCCGCCGCCGCCGCCUCCUCCGCGCCCGCCCCCGCGGCGCCAGAAGCCGGAGUCCCUCUAGCUCCUCCCACUAGCACAGCGGCCGCCACCUCCCCUGGCGCCACCAAUAUGGAUCUGUUAGGAGAUGCCUUCGCCGCGCCCGCCCCCGCCGCCGAGGCCUCUGCUGCGGCAGUUGAGGGCGGAGCCACCGCCACGCCCGCCGCCCCGGUCGCUGGAGCCGCAGCCGCGGAUUUAUUCAACUCCUCAUCCAUCCCAUUCGUCCAUUCCGCCGCACCCCCGCCUAAAAGUGACAGCAGGGACAUCGUGAGCCUGUUCUGUGAGUCCACGGGAGGGGGAGACGCCCCGGCCGCCGCUGCCGCGGCCCCCGCCUCCGCCCCCGCCCCCGGGGCAGAACUCAUGUCAGCGUUUGACGGCCUAGGGGACGUCAUGAAGCCCACCCUGACCCCGCAGGCGGGCGAUGUUGACACCUCCAUGGCUAACAUGGCGAGUAAUUUGACGAUGGGAUCGCCAGCGGCCCCUCAGCCAGCCCCCACGGGUGUCCCUCCAUUUAUGGGGAUUCACCCAGGCUACGGCAUGGCGGGGGCACCGGCAAUUGGAGCUCCCCUGAUGCCCUCGGUUAGGCCGGGCUUCCCUGCCACCGGCGCCCCGAUGUCUCCCGGGAUGACCCAGAGCCCCAGAAAACCACCCCCGCCCAGGAACGCUCUGGAUGACCUGAACAUCAAGGACUUCAUGUAGGCCGACACGGCGGCCCUUCAGAAGGUGUGGCGCUCUAUGGAUGUCUGCACUUCCCCAGCUGCCUCCCUCAGCUCAACGCCCCUCCCCCUCCGCCGCCCCCUUUUCCCCCCGCCCCGUUAUGUACUGUUGUAGCACAACUGUGAAUGUGAACCCUAGAUACAAAACACUCUGUUUUAUGUGUGUGGGUGUGCGUGUAAAUCAGUGUUAAACUUUACUUACUAUACAACGGUGGGGAAAAACAAACAAAAAAAAAACAAAACAAACAAAAAAAAAAAACAAUGAAUGCAUAUUCUGAUUCAUUCCGGACAAAGCUGACUUGAACGGAAUGCUCCGGUGGUUUCUUUGCGCAUCUCGCAGACAUGGACUGUUUUGUUCGAUGUGGACUGUGUUUUUGGUGUGUGUAACUUCGAUCGCCAUCCCCCCCCCCCCCCCCCCCCCCCAAAUACUCCUUCGUCAUCCCAACUAAUACUGAGCUAACCCAUUCGUCACCCCAGCUACGUGUGUCAUGGUUGUACGUACGGUACAGUACGUCGACGCUGAGCCUCCCCCGCCCCCGAUUGGUCACGGAAAACAUGCAAAUACGACCUUAUCUACUGUUUUAUUUUUACUUUUUGUUAACUAAAAAACGGGCACACGUUUGUGCUCGAAUUUACUUAUGCAUUUUAGACUAGUUUGCUGAUAAAUUAUACUUUAAUUUAUUUUGUAGUAAAAAAAAAACAUAUAUUUUAGUUACAUAUCUUAGAGGGAGAGCAUGUACGUGUAAAAAAAAGAAAAGAAAAAAAAAGAAAUGAACAAAACCCAUCCAUUUAUGACUAUAAAAGCGAUGCCGGCUGUUUGACGUGGCGCCCUCUGCUGGUGUGGAGCUCACAGGAAUGAAAUCGUAAAGAUGGAUCGGAAGGCGUCCGGUCCGUUUUGCUCACCGCUGCAAAGCACUCGCGUAUACGCUGGAUGUUUCUCUGUGCUGUUUAUUUUGAAAAGUGCUGUAUCUUAAUCCGUUGUGGCAAUUACAUGUUGAGAAAAUAAAAGGCGGCGGUGACGUUUACAUACAAAGACGACGCAGAUGGAUUGUUUUGCUCAGUAUUCCCAUGAAGGCUGUUUCUGUUUUUUGCGGAGGUGGGCUUGAAAACGGACGGAGCUGUUCUGCCCGGUCCUCCCCCGCCUCUUCCUCCUCCUCCUCCUCUUCCUCCUCCUUAACCUGCAUGUGAGUCCUCCUCUGAGAUGCAAUAAAAUACAAAUCACCCAACUGACCCUCACGGCUCUUCACUUAUCCCCGUUCAUUCUCGCUCUCUAAACCAUAAACCAUUUGUAGGUACCAAGACCAGCCCAGUAGAACCACAUAUCCGUGCACUUGAGCUACUGAGAUGUACCCCUCAUUUUUUGUGUAAUUUUACAGGAGAGUGAUUUAAAGUUGGAAGGCGGCAAUACAAUCUGCGGCAUUUAUACUAUAUGUAAUGAUUCCGGCGCAGCCAUCUUUGAAAUGGGAUUUAGCCCAGUUGUUGGACUGCGUGUUCAACAUAGACCAGAAUGUUCCAGAGUUUAACAUCACGUUUCGGAACAUAAUGUCUCUGUGGAGUCUUAGGAAAAUAGCAUUCAUUGUCGUUAAUCUAAGGGUCCUCUUAUAACAGCGACCUUUGU